CUGGUAGAAAGCUAGAGAUGGGCAGCAGAUGGUGCAGUGUCUCGGUGUCUGACGUACGGCUGACAGGGCCCCGGCAGUUAUUCGGUUAAUCGCUAUUGAGUAUUGAUGAGGCGCCAUCGUAUUCCGCAGUACAUGGUUGGCAGGGAAGAGAAGUGAUGCCAGGAGCUGGGCUGCCAGGACUGUACUAAGGGUGGCAUUUCCGAGCGGAGCCGAGUAAGGAUGGGGGCGCUUACAAGCCGCCAGCAUGCGGGUGUCGAAGAAGUAGACAUGCCACCUAGUUCUAUCUACAGAUACCCACCGAAGUCUGGCAGUUACUUCGCCAGCCAUUUCAUCAUGGGUGGGGAGAAGUUUGAAUCCAGUCACCCUGAAGGGUACCUGUUUGGAGAGAACAGCGACCUGAACUUCCUGGGGAGCCGUCCCGUCACGUUCCCGUAUGCGGCCCCCUCCCCUCAGGAGCCAGUGAAGACCCUGCGCAGUCUGAUUAACAUCCGCAAAGACACCCUGCGCCUGGUCAGGUUCACUGAAGAGGUUAAGACCGGCGGGGCAGAGGGGACCCGGCCCAAGGUGCGUUACAAUGUGGAGUUCACCUUUGAUACAGAUGCACGGGUUGCAAUCACCAUUUAUUACCAGGCGUCUGAGGAGUUCCAGGGAGGCAUUGCCAGUUACGUCCCCAAGUCCAGCAACCUGCGGUCAGACACCGUGCAUUAUAAGAGAGGGGCCGGCCAGCAGUUCUGUCUCCCUUCACACACCGUGGACCCCUCCGAGUGGAGGGAAGAGGAGCUUCCUUUUGACCUGGAUAGAGAGGUUUAUCCUAUGGUGAUUCACGCUGUGGUGGAGGAAGGAGAAGAGCAUCUAGGGCACUCCCAUGUUCUUAUGGCAACAUUUGAAAAGCAUGCGGAUGGAAGUUUUUGUGUGAAGCCCUUGAAGCAGAAGCAAGUGGUGGAUGGAGUCAGUUACCUUCUGCAGGAGAUCUAUGGGAUUGAAAAUAAGUACAAUUCAUGUGACCCCAAGGUGAUGGAAGACGAAGUUAGUGAUAACAGCGCAGAGUGUGUGGUGUGUCUGUCCGAUGUCCGGGACACGCUCAUUCUGCCGUGCAGACACCUCUGUCUGUGUAACACGUGCGCGGACACCUUGCGUUACCAGGCCAGUAACUGCCCCAUCUGCCGGCUCCCAUUUCGAGCUCUCCUUCAAAUCCGAGCUAUGAGGAAGGUCCCUGGUCCUCACUCCCCAGCUGGAUUCAGCCCGAUCCUCGCUGCUCCGACCUCUGACUCAGAGGAGCACACGUCAUCUGAACAUGUGCCUCCUGGCUACGAGGUGGUCUCGCUCCUAGAGGCCCUGAACGGACCCCUCACGCCAUCCCCAUCUGCUCCACCAUUACGGGCUCUUGGGGAAAACCGGCGUCCUGGUGGUCUUCCAACUUAUGGCAGUGACAUCCAGUUACCCCAUCUUCGAAUGCACUCGCCCUUGCAACAUCUGUGUGGGAGCCAGGCAUUAAAACUGAAGAAGAGCAUCUCCAGGUCAAUUUCCCAGAAUUCCUCAGUGCUGCAGGAGGAUGAGAUGGAGAAAUCAUUUAGUGAAGCAGAGAUCCUGACUUCUAGGAAAAAAACACCCCAGCUGGCAGAGGAGUGUGGAGCAACCCCAGAGAGCGAGAAUCUGACCCUGUCUUCCUCUGGAGCCAUCGACCAGUCUUCCUGUACCGGGACCCCCUUAUCUUCCACGAUCACUUCCCCCGAAGACCCCCUGAGCAGUAGCCUGGCGCAGUCAGUAAUGUCCAUGGCCUCUUCCCAAAGCCAUCAGUCCCAGCUCAGCACGGACACAGUGUCCUCCAUGUCUGGCUCCUACACAGCAGGUGGAAUGGACGAAGAGGAAGGGGGCAUCACACCUUCGCCUCCAGCCGCCCCCAGUGGAUCCCCCUCAGAGGAGGGUGAGCUUUCACUGGUCGAGACGCCAGAGGGACACUUUGUAACCAUGUCUGGAGAAGAGAUUGAUGUUGAGGGGAACGUCACAGAGGAGGAGUUUGCAUCCCCAGAGGAGGACGAUGGGCAGAGAACUGGCAGAGAGUGUGACAAUAACAAUGCCGCUCAGGUCACGCUGAGGGACGCUCUGGACAAUGUGAGGGGCUCUGAGGGCUGCCUGGCCGAUGUAAAUUUACCUGAUGCCCCUGGACACACAGAGAGGCCCCCAUACCAUGCCCUGGACACCCGUGUUUCCCUGCAGGAGGUGGGUGACAAGCAGAGCCGGCCGGGCACUCAGGAUGUGUGAUUGCCUCUCUCACCGCCACAGACGUACUGCUUACUUUAUGGACACCUUCCCCCGCAGGCCACCGAGAGAGGCUCCCACCACAGUCACUCAGGACACCCCACUAAUCCCUCCUGGUGCCAGUUGCCCCAGCUCAUUGCCACGCUCUCACACUCCCGGCACUAGGAAGGGUUAUGGUGAACCCAUCUCACAACAUCCACAGGAAGGAAGGAAGGGGUGGCUGGUACCACUGCUGUAUAUUUUGUUUGUAUUUGGUCCAUGGUGUACAUAUUCUGUGUAUAAAACUCCCAACAAGGCUUUGGUGGCACUGCCUGGAUCCAGUCUUAUACUGUUUAAAAUACAGAGAUGUUGGUAAUUUCCCUACUGUAUCUGUUAAGCAAUAGAGAAAUGGCUGGGACUGUUGAAAUCCGUGUGGUUUUUGUACCCUGGGCUGUUCAUUGAACCUAUGAGUUGGAACCUGUCUUGUAA